AUGUCCUCACGAUCUUCGAGUUCAGAUGAAGAUGCCGGUGUUAUUUCGGAUCAUUCCGAGGGAGAGAUUAGGUCUCGUUCUUCAUCGCCUGAGACAAAACCCGAAAGAAAAUCAAGGUGUGUGCUAACUUAAUUAUGGUAUUGUUUGCUUAAGAGAGAGAGAACGUGCUCCAAUAGAUAGCUCGUCUUGUCUGUCCAAGUAUUAUCGAGAAAGGUUUGGAAGCCAUUCCCCGGAGGAUUAUUUGAAUCUGAGGUUUUCCAAGAUGAACCCGAAGUUGAGCAAGGAGGAAAUAAAACACAUCCUUGAUGAUGAACUCCAGAAACUGGCUCCAUUUGAGGUAGGCUUUUUUGUUUUUUUUUUAAACGAUUUUAGGUAAAAGUAGUUCGAGAUCCCGAAACGGAUGAUCGGUUGGCAUACGUUAACUUCCGUCGUAAUAAUUGUGCAAAAACAGUUCGCCGGGCCUUAAUUCCGAAGCUUCAAGAUCGGCUUGGAGAGAACGUAUUGAUCGACCCAGCUGGAGUUCUUAGAGAUCAAGAAGGAAAAUUCAUCCCGGACCGAUUCAACAGAGCUCAGAUGUCAGAUGGACAUGGCGACAAUAGACACAAUCAUCAUAACAACCAUCAAAAUAACAACAAGAGCUUCAGCAAUCUGAACCAAGAUCCAAAUUUGGCAACAAGGACUCUAUUUGUGGGUAAUUUGCCUGGAGAUAUCAGACAUCACGAACUGGUAAAAUCAUUCGGUCACUUUGGUUCUGUUGAAGAUAUUGACAUCAAGGUUGUCAGUGACGGUUCUGCGGCCUAUGCCUUUAUCGUCUUUCAUGUGAGUGUUUUUUAUGCGGUUUGUAUUUUAUUGUUUAUCUGAAUUAACAAUUUUUAGUCACUAGAUGCAGCAAUCGAGGCAUUGGAAAGCCAACAUAAUCGUGCUCUGAGAAAUGGGUCCACGAGAUGUCAGAUUGGCUACGGAAAGUCACAAGUUUCUCCAAAACUUUGGGUUGGGCGACUGGGAGCAUGGGCGAGUAAAGACAUGUUGAUAAAGGAGUUUGACCGAUAUGGAGUUGUUGAAUCCGUCGACUUUAAGCCUGGAGAUCACCAUGCCUAUGUCCGAUUUAGUGACUCCAAUUCUGCUAGAGAUGCCUGCUUAGCUCUGAAAAAUUAUCCCUUGGAUGGAAGACAUAAGAUUGUGGUUGAUUAUGCAAAGUAAGUGGGGACUGAUGAAUGUUAAUGUGUUUAGAGAAAGAGUAGGACAGAAGAAGUUUGAUCGGAACGAUAGACAAGAUUCUAGGAAGAGAGUUUCAACAAGGUCUCCAGAUGACUUUAAGAAGAAGAGGAAAGAGAAGAGCAAGAGUCGAACCAAGAGUCCAAGUCCAUUUCCAACCAUCGGUAGUUAUGAGGAAUUGAACGAGAAACAUCCGAGCACAUGGAAGGGGUUCUUUUGCUUAAAGAAAACGGAGUAUAACAUAAAGUAAGUAUUUAUUCGAAUUGUACAGUGCGGGCAAUAGAGACAGGUUGAUUUCAUAUUGAAUUUUAGGUUACAUAGGGUAUCCGGAAAGGAGAAUAUGGUCCAAGACCUGAUGAGGAAUGAAGAGGGUGGUGCAAUAAAGCUGAAAGUCGAGCAAAGAUUACCUCGAGAGACGGUAUUCUUAGAUAAAUUGAAGGAUAUGGAAAGGGACUCCCUCGUCUUUAUGGUCGGUGCCGAGGUCUCGAUGUCAUUUACACCCUUCAUCCAAUACAUGAAUGAGAAGAAUGCGGUGGGUGUGGCACCAUUAAGUGAUGAAAUCAAGGUCUAUAUAUUACCUUACUGUAGUCUGGCAUCUAA